CUUGGACGAUGUCUAACGCGUCUAGCCUCGCUGACACUGUGGCGGCUUUCAGCGGCCCGUAUCUCCUGUGGCUGGAGAAAGAUGUAUUACCCAUAAUUACCGGAACUGUUCUUUUGUGUGUCUUUCUGUGUGGAUUUGUUUUGAACAGUCUGACGAUCCACGCCAUUCGAAAGAAGCGCAUCACGUCUCUCUGUAAACACCUGUUCCUCCAGCUCGUGGCGCUGGACUUCGUCGCCUACUCGUUUCUUCUACUUCCGGUCAUCAUUACGUCGUUCGCUAAAGACUGGGUUUUGUCAGACGCACUUUGUCAAAUUUCCGGCGCCAUAGGAACGACCUGCUUCAUAUGUGUGUUUAUAUUUCUUACUUUCCUGUGUGCCGAGAGGAUGGUGAAAAUGAACAAUCCGAGCGUUUACGACGGGUUCUUUGGAAAUACCUGUAUUUGCGUCAUUAUUUCUGUUGUGACGUGGGCAUUGGCGUUCACCGGAAGUAUGUUACCUACCGCAGGAUGGGGAACUCUUAAGUAUAUUUCCUACCAAAACAGAUGUAAUCUCCAGCACAGUAAAAAUACCAUUAACAUGAACCUGAUAUUCUUCUUCGGAAUGUUUCUUCCUACUUUCGUGGCACUUCUCUUCUGUAUCGGAACCUUCCUACAGAGAAAAGAAAUCCUUAAAAGUCUGACGUCAUUGAAAUCUUACGUGAACAAUGUCAAUGUAAAAGUUGAAAGAAAGAGUCGGGAAAACGGAGCCACGGAAAAUAUAAAACUCGGGGAAAUCGUCAGUGAUGAGUAUGAGACGGUACCAGAGGUAGAAAACGUGAACAGGGCGCUGACGGCCGCCGAAAUCGAGGUCAAACAGCCGAAUUCUUCUUCUCCUGAUAGAAUGUCGGUGACAUCCCCAAUAAACGAGAGACCGAACUCCAGGAACAGUGUGUCUCCGAUACCAGGGUCGCAAUCGACUCGCUCCGAGAAAGAGAUGAGGAAAGAUUUAAUCAGGGGUGGGGUGAGUGGGGAUGAGACCAGACUUAAAACGAGGCGGGUUGCCUCGACGGUGUACAAAAGGUCAAUGGAGCAGGUAGACUUUCACCUGGCCGCCACCUACGUUUUGAUCCUGGGUAUUGUGUUUAUCUUAUGGCUUCCGUACGUCAUAGUGUGUUACCUGGAUGUAUAUGAUACCACGUACAUUUGGGGAGGGUGGUACUCUAUAGUUCUGAUCAUAAGUGACAUCAGUUACUGUAUAAAGCCCAUAGUGUUUAUGUCACACAACCAUCUAUUCAGGAAGGCAACUUCAGACGCCGUUCCCGAGAGCUUAAGGACGAGGGCGAUCCGAGCCAAGAGAGUUCUAUCUAAAACAGCCAGAAAGGUGGAUGGAGUUAUCUUCCUUAAAAUGGGAGACGAUGCAAGGACUCCCAUUAUUGAGAAAUAACGAGUCCUUAAUCUC